UUUCCUCUUGCGCACGUGACCUUGUGGUUAGCAAGAUGGCGAGGAGCGAGAAUGGAUAGAAUGCUAGAUCUCGAUGAGGAUGCUUUCCAGCAUCCAACUAUAAUGGAUGACAUACUGCCCGAAGAUUUUUUGAAUGACGACGAACCUCUGGGCACGCUAUGGACCCGUUUAGACUCGGAUCAGAUUAUUUACCAGCCUCAAAGGAGGAAAGCAACUAUGGUAGGAAAGUACUUAAAAGGGGAAACGUUGGGCGAAGGUAGCUACGGAAAAGUGAAAGAGGUGCUGGACUCUGAAAACCUUUGUAGACGUGCAGUGAAGAUAUUGAAGAAAGGCAGACUUCGAAAAAUCCCCAAUGGAGAGCAAAAUGUGAAGAGAGAAAUAUCUUUACUGAAGAGACUUAGUAACAAGAAUGUUAUUCAGCUCAUAGAAGUACUUUACCAUGAAGAAAAACAGAAAAUGUAUAUGAUAAUGGAAUACUGUAGUGGUAAUCUACAAGAGAUGCUGGAAAGUGUCCCAGAGAAGAAGUUUCCUUUAUGGCAAGCUCAUAUGUAUUUUACCCAGCUUAUUGAUGGACUGGAGUACUUACACAGUCAGGGCAUUGUACAUAAAGAUAUAAAACCGGGGAACCUGCUGGUCACCACUGAUGGCACCCUAAAGAUCACAGACUUGGGUGUUGCUGAGGCCUUGGAUUAUUUUCAAGAAGAUGAUAUUUGUAAAACUAGUCAAGGGUCCCCUGCUUUUCAACCACCGGAGAUUGCAAACGGGUUAGAUAGUUUUCAUGGAUUCAAAGUUGAUGUCUGGUCAUCAGGGGUUACUUUGUAUAAUAUUAUCACAGGAAAGUAUCCCUUUGAAGGAGAUAAUGUUUAUAGACUUUUUGAAACAAUUGGAAAAGGAGUUUUUACCAUUCCUGACACUGGAGAUCCAAGUGUGGAAGAUUUGAUUAGGGGAAUGCUGACUUACGACCCCGUUAAAAGGCUAAAGAUACAACAGAUUAAACACCAUAAUUGGUAUAGGAAGAAAAUAUCACGCACAACAGAAUAUGUGAUGCCGCCCCCUCUACCCGACUCAGACGACCCGCUACGCUGUAUGACUGUGAUACCUUACCUCGAGGCUUUCCACUGUGGAGAGGAAUAUGAUGAGGAGGAGGAGUACGAGGAUGGAGAGUUUUUCGUUGAACAGCCUGGACCGUCAGGUCAAGGUGCAGCACAGCAGCCAGGGACUCCAUCGCCAAAGUUAAAAGACAAGAAAUCCAAGAGAAAAAAGAUCCCAGUUAGGAAAUUUACAUUUGGUUCAUGCAAGCAGCAGUGACGAUAUCCCCACUUGUUGUCCUCUGCCCAGUUCUCACCACUGGAAGUGUUUUGUUGAUGUUAUAUAUUUGUUGUUAAAAUUGCUGCUGUACUCACUGCCUCCUUAUUCUUGAGGAAAAAAUAUGCCAUCUGUGUGUUGUUAUCAGCAUAGAAUGUGCAUGUAACUUAAAGGAAUCCAAUGACAUUUAGUUGAGAUAAAGAUUGAGGGGACAUGAAAUUGGUCAAUAAAGUUCUCCAAGCAUAUCCUAGUGGAAGUUUAAAAAAGGGCAUUAAGUGAAUAAUGUACUCAUUAAUAUAAUGAGAUGUCACACUGUCCAAAAAUGCACACUGCAUGUUAAGUUAAGAAGGAUAUCUGGUUUUUUGAAUGUCAGAUGCACAUUGCCUUGUUUUUUUAGUAGGAUUCAUGAAAUUGGAACUAAUGGCUGAUCUACUGGAUAUAAAUUUGUCAGACUGUACCGUAUUAUUGAUUACAAAAGAAUCAAGGUUUCAUUUAUCCAUACAAUAGACUAUAUUUCUUUAACAUAUUUUUUUCUCCUUGAAUGUUUGGUUGUAGGAUACCUCCUUGGCAAACUGGUGCUACUGUGGAGCUAUGUACUCUGUCUUUUAUUUUCAUGGAUAUAUUUUGUUUCAUAUCUGCUCACUGAUAAUACAUUAUGUGCCAUGGUUGUGAUCAACCAGUCGUAGAAUUCUUGGCAGCUAAUUGUUUACCAAGCUCCUUACACAGUUCCUUUGACUGUCAGGUCAUUAAUUAUAACUUUCCUUUUACAUGUGUUUCUUUAAAAACACAGGGAGCAGGCUUUUGUCGUUUUAUUUUUGCCCUUCUGUCCUCCAAUUUAAUUGGAUUGCUGUGCUGCAUAUAAACGGUUUUGCUAAAGGUUCAUUCAUCAUGUGAGAUUAAUCACAUUAAUCAUGACUGGACUGAGUAGAGGAGCUGAACCAUUUGCCUUAUUUGCUAAGGGUGAAACCUUUACAUGCAGAAAUGCCUUAAAUUGUAUCAGUUAUUUGUUUUACCAAGUGCAAAGCAUAACAAAGACAGUGGGAAGCAGUUGAGGUCAACUCUGGGUUGUGUUUGCAGAGAUCCUGUUAUGGUUUCUUCACUAUUAAGAAUUUGUGUUAAUUCACUCUUGUGUCACCACUUCAAACUCAAAAGCACCUUAUUCAUUCUUUUGACCUUCUUUGGGAAAUGAAGUUUCUUGUAGUUUGAACUUAUUUUGCAUAUAUCUAGUCAUUUGAAUGAAAAUUGAUUUGAACAUAUCAAAGGCACAGAGAAUGUGCAAUAAAGGAAAACACCAUAGCAUGAGGCUAAAUAAUAUAUAUGUGUGUAACUUGCUUGUUAGUAAUGUAUAGAUGUUUGUUAUAUCAGUUAAUGAAUUGUAAAGAAAUGAAGUGCAAACUAUUCUAAUUGCUCAUUCAGUUUAUUAUUUUAAAGUUUCAACAUUGGUUGGUAACCAGUGUUUCACUUCAAACCUUAGCUUCUCACUUUUUUUUCUUCACUUCAUGGUAUAAAAUUGCUUAUUUGUCACAUUGAAUAAGUUCAUUACUUUUUUACAAUGAUUUUGUCAUCAAGAUAAAAAGAAAGCAAUGGACUUUUGAGUGGAAUGUACAAAGCGGUGCAUUUGGGAAAACUGGUUGAUGACAAUGCAAAGUGUGCAUUACAGAAAAGUAGUUUGCCCUGAUGGAAAACAGGCAUGAAAUUAUCCAGCAAUAGAGACUUACGUCCUAUUUGGACAUUCAUGAUUAUUGUUUUGUACAUAAGCGUGUAUAUUGAUUAUAAAAACACUUGGUGACUGACUGAGUCAGCUGGCGCCAGUUAGUUUACUUCUUGUUCCAUGUGGCCAUUGUUAACAUGUUCCAAUACAAUUAUACUUCUUUCUACAGUCAGUAAUGUAAAGAUUUUUUAUACUGCAAUGAAAAUGACAGUUGAUAUGCCAGUAAUCAUCAGACUAAAAACAUGCCAUGCUGUUUUGUGUGACACAAGAUGUACUUUCUCCAGGAGACAGGGUUUCAAAAAUGGAAACUGAUGUCAUACAAAUGAAGAUUCAAUACUAGUGUUGUAUAGAAAUGUCAUAGCUUCAUAAUCACUGUUUUGAAAAAAAGAACACAUAAAACAAAUGUUCAGUUAUGUACCAUUGUUAGGUCUAAUUGUAACAUACAGAUAAUUGAAGAAAAAUUAUGUUUUUCAUGACAUUUUAUAUUGUACAACCUAAUUAAACUUUUUUUGCCUACUUUAUAAAUGCUUUCAAAUAGAAGAGAAUGUUAUGAAUUAAGAUUCAGUAAGUGCAUUUGUAUGAUGAAUGACUGAAUCCCUUGAAAGGGGUAUUUGAAUGAAAAAGUACACUUUUACUUGUUCUGAAACACUAUUUGGUUCCAGUUGAAGCAAAGAUUUAAGGUAUUAUAAGUCAAUCAUACCAAAUAUAAGUAUUGGUUUAAUUAUACAUUGUAAAAUGCUUUACAUUCUAAAAAUCUUAGAAAAUAAGUAGAUUUGUAUUUACCAUUUGUAGUCUAACAUGUUUGUGGUUAAUGAUUAGAUUUGAAUAUUUGUAAUUUUGGAAUUGUCAGUACUGAAUGUUGUGUGUUUCAGACUAUAAUGUUGAAUGAAAUAAUUACUAUUUUAGACAUCAA